UACAGUACCACAGUAUCGAAGAAGAAAGUAGCAGGUGCUUGAGGUACCUGUACAAAGACUUGUUGGUGGUGUCACCUUGGUUGAGUUUAACGUGACAGGAUGGCACAGUGGGGUGCCGUGUUCUCAAUAAUUGCUGCACUUGGAGGAGCGGCGCUCUUAGCCUCUGUGCACAAGAUUGAUGAGGGACACACUGGAGUUUACUACAGGGGCGGGGCUCUCCUGACCACCACCAGCGGCCCUGGUUUCCAUCUUAUGCUUCCAUUCAUUACUACCUACAAGCCUGUCCAGACAACACUGCAGACAGAUGAGGUGAAGAAUGUGCCAUGUGGCAUAAGUGGAGGAGUGAUGAUUUACUUUGACCGUAUAGAAGUGGUAAACUAUCUUCAUCCUUCAGCAGUGUACGACAUAGUGAGGAACUUCACAGCAGACUACGACAAAGCUUUGAUAUUCAACAAGGUUCAUCAUGAGCUUAACCAGUUCUGCAGCGUUCACUCACUGCAGGAGGUCUACAUCGGCUUGUUCGACCAAAUCGAUGAAAACCUGAAGCUGACGUUACAGGAGGAUCUAACAACCAUGGCACCUGGACUUAUCAUACAGGCCAUCCGUGUCACCAAACCCAACAUCCCCGAGAGCAUUCGCAGGAACUAUGAGCUUAUGGAAAGCGAGAAGACAAAGCUCCUGAUCUCUCAACAGACACAGAAGGUGGUGGAGAAGGAGGCAGAGACGGAAAGGAUCAAAGCUGUGAUGGAGGCAGAGAAAGUGGCACAAGUGGCAAAGAUCAAGUAUGGACAGAAAGUCAUGGAGAAGGAAACGGAAAAAAAGAUCUCUGAAAUCGAAGACCGUGCUUUCCUGGCCCGGCAGAAAGCUAAGGCAGACGCGGAGUUCUACACAGCACAGAAAGCUGCUGAGGCCAAUAAGCUGAAGUUAACACCAGAGUACCUGCAGCUAAUGAAGUACAAGGCCAUCGCAGCAAACAGCAAAAUCUAUUUUGGGAAUGAUAUACCCCAGAUGUUUGUGGACUCUGGCUCUGCAGGGAGCUCCAUCAAAACCUCUGCAGCCAUGGACAUUAUGGGUGAGCACAUCCUGGAAAGGAAGUAGUGAGAGCCACGGGACGACCCAGAUGUGGAGGACUUCCUGUUAGAAGGCAGGAGUCUGGCUCAUAAGCUGGCUGGCUGGCAGGUUCUCCCUCUGACCCAGAAAAGCCCAGCUGACCAGGUCCCGUAUUUCUCAGACAUCUCAGAAUCACUGCUAGAAAUCAUAUGGAAAGUUUGACUAGGAUGUAAAAUUCUCCUACUUUGGAGCACAGGACCUGAGUUAUUUUUGAGGCUUCUUCUCUGUUCUGAAUGAGAGUUAUAUCAUCUGGACUCAGACCUUAUUUGAAGGAAAAAUGAGAAAAUAUCAAACGGGGUGUAUGAUAAGCUCCUUUAAAACUGACAUUUAGCCAGAAAAGGAGUUAAAAUGAAAUGGCCCUGCUACUGCUUCACUAAUGUUGUAGAUCAAAUCAACAAAUCACUUUCUACUUAUAAAUUUAUACUGUGAUAACCCAGUUAUGUGAUGUCAUCAGUGAGCAUUAGAACCAGUGAUACUGUUGAUACUGAAGAAUAAAAGCCUAAAAUGUUUUAGAAUCAAGUUCAGUGGCAAGGAAAUUUUCUUAAAUAAGCAUUUAAGUAUAAUAAACUCGGUUGUGAACAACCCAAAUCAUUGUUAAUUUAGCCGCGUUGUCCGUGUUGAGUGAAUCGACUGUUUGCUAAACCCCAUCCCUGUAAGUUACUGUUGCUAUACAGCUGUCAAGCUUCCCCUUUUCUCACACAUCACAUAUGUCAUUUACAGUGAUAACAAUGGCAGAUUGACCAGCUGAAAUUCUUAGUAAUUUUCUGUCCUUAGUUUCAGACAAAAUAGUCAAAAGCA